CCAACACUAUAUAUGUAUGUAUAUCUGUACUGCUGUGCUUACAGUAAGCGCUACAAACUUCUGUACUUAUGAAAAAGGUGCUUUUCUGCGUGUGCAAUGUUUGUUUCGAGGAACAUCAAUGAAACAGAAGUGUUUUGACAAUGCUAUAUAUAUAUAUUUAAGUAAAAUACUAAUGGUUUUACGGUGUAACAUUUUUUUAAAGAGUAUCAGUUAUGAAUACAACAAUCAAUUCUGUGGAAAGUGGCGGUGAUAAACGUCUACCAGAAACAUCUAUGCAAAAUGUUGCACAAAAUUUAACUACAAUGCAAAGUGUACAAAAUGUACAAAGUGUUGUACAAAGUAAUAUACAAAAUAUUCAGUCAACGCAAACUAUAGUGGGUUCAAUUGGAACACCUAGCAAUCAUGUAGGUAAAUCAAUAUCGAUGGAUACAAAUCCGAAGUUACCUCUAAUGAAACCUAUGGUUCCAUCUGGUACCUCAUCGACUCCAGAAAGUAAUAAAAUAACAACAACGCUUUGUUCUGUAGGAUCCACGGUAAGAAUAAUAUCUCCAAGCAUGUUAAGUACAGUAGAGCGUCAAAGUCAACCACAAGCACCACAGCUAUUACAGCAAACACAACAGGUAACAAGUAUGCCUGCAACUUAUCAUGUACCAAGAGGACCAGCUGCAGUAGCUAAUAUAUCUGCUCCGAGAUCGACGGUAGCUACUCCUAUUGUCAGAGCAAAUACAGGGCAGACUGUUCCAACAACAAGGUCAGGAAUCAAUACAACUAUUUCAAAUCCUCAAUGGCAACCUAAAACAACAUCUGUUGUAUAUGCUCAACCUCAGAGGCAUCCUACACCUCCAGUGGGUCGAGUUUCUAGACCACCGUCCACUGUGUACUCCAGUCAGCAGCCUCGUUCGAUUACUCCAACAGGUCAAGGAAGGUCUGUACAAGCCACAAUGGUAACUGGAGUUCCUAGUACUCCCUCCAGAUUGAUAGCACCUGUCCUUCAAACAAAUAAUAGUAUUACAAGACUGCCAGUCUCACAGAGUAGGUUACCUACACCUCAAGCGACGAAUGUAUCACAGACUACGCAAUCUGGCAGAUCUACUGCUCAAACUAUUCAACCCAAUCAAUCAAAUAGAUCUCUAAAUACUCCUGGUACAGUUAAUCGCAUAGCUGUGUCAACGCCUAUGGUUGGAACUGCAAGUAGAAUAAGUGGUACAGCUUCGGUAGCUGUUCAACCAACAGUAGCACGACAGUUAUCGAUUAACACAGUGGCCGGUCCAUCAGCUGCCACUGUAAGUCGAAUUGUCAUUCCAUCGCAGCAAGUGCAACAACAACAACAACAACCACCACAACAACCGCAAUCACAACAACAAGCAACUCCUCGUGUAGUUCAAACAGUAACAUCUUUAUCAAAUAUCAAUACAGUAUCACGCGUGAUUACUACAGCAGCAAGUACAUCAAAUGUUACGAGAAUAUCACAACCAACACCCACUACAGUUGCUCGAAUAACUGGGAUGUCCCUACAUCCUUUAUCUCUAGCACCUGCAAGAGCUACCUCUGCACCUGUUAAAACAGUGCAGGCGCAAAAUAUCGGACCCACCGUUCAGAUCAAACCUUCUCAGCAAUCUGGUCUACGAGUGUCUACAACUAGCAGUACAAAUAAUAAUUCGAAUACUAUGCCCGCUCAACCAGCUCAAGGACAAUAUUUGCAUCCACCACAUACUACAACAUAUUAUUCCUUUGAACCGACAGGAGCAUAUUCUCAAUAUCGACAAACACCAGUAAGAUUACUUGUUGAACAAGGGUACGAUGAACCACAUACCAAACCAAAUGCAUCUCCACGACCAAGUAUACUUAGGAAAAGGGAUCAUGAUAAUUCACCCGUUAAAGGUGUUGCAAAGAAUUUGGUUCCUGUACUUACAUCCUUACCACCUGUCACAACAUCCAGUCCUCCUUGUUCACCAAGGGGAGAUCAAGACGGCGGAGGCUGUCAAAGUUCAGGAUCUACUACAGUUUCAGCGACAUCGUCUCCAGGACUAGAUGAAGAACCAGAACAAUCUAGAAUUACUUUGAAUCCGACGGUAGAGAUGUCUCCACGAAAGAAACCUCGAAAACAGCAACUUACCAGUGUAGAAUUGACGGAAUCAAGAUGUACGGAAGAGGAAAUGCAAUUUAUUACAGAAGAAAGGAUGAAGAAAGAAGUUAAAGAUGAACCGAAAGAGAAAUCGUCUGAUAAAAGACAGAUUUCGAAUACGCAACGCGACGUCAUCAAAUCUCCUACACAACAGACAACCGUUACAAUAAGAACACGACCUACGCCUAGCUUAUUAGGACCAUCUUGGAAGAAUAGGUGGAGUAGUAGACUUCAUCAUUAUAGGAGGCCAAGUGAAGUUCGACCCCGUGAAGAAAGACGACCAACAGUUGCAGAAAUAGCACAACAGAAACAUGUAUUACAAAAGCUAAAUGGUUGGAAAGUGUAUCAUCUUACAGCACAGAUGGAAGAUAUUGCUGAUCUUGAGAAACAAGUACACGAGAAAUUGAAAACAACGUUAACGAUGCUCGAAUCACAGCAAAACGUCAGAAAUAGGCAAGACGAUGGACUCGAACGUGUAAAUGAACUGAUUAAAGGAAAUAUGCAACGUAGUAGCUUAAUUAGUGAAGGGAUGAAUGAAGCGCGUACACAGCUUAUUGCUAUAUUUCAACAUAAAGGACCUAUUACCGAUAUUUUACAACGAUGCGGUAAUAAACGGGCUCAAAAGAAACGAGACAAAUGAGCCAGUAGUGCAUUGAAAUCAAAUUAAAAUGAAUAUGUUUCUAAGAAAACCUUGUGCAAAUAAGGUUCGGAAAACAGAAUUAUUUUUAUCUGUGUCACAGAAUCUAUAUUAUAGGAGUAAAAUAAAUGAUUUUAUAAGUCUAUGACACGACUGUCGCUGAA